UAUACUAGUACUACUUGCAAUUGCUAUCUACUACGUUCUCGAUUCAAGAGCUACGUAAAAUGUCCAACCGCCAUGCUCCAGUGAAUCUCUUUGGAGAUAAUGGAAUGAGGGCCAAUCUACCCAUAAACUUGAUCAAUGUCGCAGACACACAGGAAAUCUCAAACUCUCAGGAAAUAUUCGUGUACCGUGACUCUGGUGCAAGCAUUAUUAUCGACAUCCUCCAAAAGGUCGAUAUCGAAGAUCCGGAAGCGGCAGCAAAAUUCCAUCUCGAUGCAAUAGCAGAAGACAACGAUUCAAUGGAACAUACUUCCAGCAUUGUUCAAAGACCCGUCACCAAUGAACUUUCUCCAAUUGUACUCGACGGACGGCAGGUUCUAAAGAAGGCGGGGUCAAUUCACCACCUUCGUACCCUAUUUGCUCUUUUCCGUGUCAAAGGAAAGAACCACGAUGUCGUCGUCUCGUUCAACAUUCCGAUUGAAACGGGACAAGGACGGGGAAGAAAUGGAGCUGUUACUGCGGAACAGGAACAGCUUAUCGCAUCAGACUUCUACGGAGCAGUGGAUUCCCUGAGAAUUGUCGAUUACAACCUUUUUGCAGUCUAGGCUUCCUACAUCAUGAUAACGGGCUCUACAGUUCAACACAACUUUCUCGGACCCGAUCUCCAGAUCUUAACAUCAAUAUCUUGCGCUUGAUCUCUCAUGAGUGUUAUGAACGUUGUUUCAGAAACUCGAUCUCCGUCUCAUACAUAUCGGUUUGAUUGCAUCCUAUAUCAUCAGCUUAUCGCACUCCUAAUGGAGCAUC